CUAUUUACGUCUUGUGUUGAAAUAAACUCCUGUCCAUCCAUCCAGGCACCAAAAGACCAAUAACACAUGAAUCCGACAGGAACCAGUAAAGGACGCAGUGUCUAAUGAGUGUUUGAGCUGAGUGCAUGGACAUACACACUCCACACUGUAGAUGUCUCCACAAUCCACAGAUAUAACUUCUACAACAGCUCCCACACAUAAAACCACAGAGGAAAAUAACCAGGAACUAGUUCACUUCAGCAUGAGGGACAACCACUGGCUUUCUAGAAGUUGAUGGAGCUGCCAGCAACAAACAGAAGGAGGAGCACAGACUUCAGGCCCAGCAGAUGGGAAUCAGUGUUGGCUCUUCGCCCCUUUCUGUUGCAUUAAGAUGGAGAAGGUGAUCAACUGUUUCAAGAGAAGGCCAGAUGCCGUGAGCAGGCUGAUAUGCUUCCCCUGGGCAGGUGGAGGGUCCAUACACUACGCACGCUGGGGCAACGUCCUCAACGGCUCCAUAGAAGUGUUUGCUGUCAAGCUUCCAGGCAGAGAGAGUCGAGCCAAAGAGCCGUUCUUUCAGAACAUGCAGCAGAUUGUGGACGAGGUUAUCGGCGCGUUGUUGCCGGUGCUGAAGGAGAAGCCGUUUGCUCUGUUUGGCCACAGUUUUGGUGCCUUCACGAGUUUCGCUGUGGCAGAUGCUCUGAAGAGAUUGCACAACCUCGAACCGGUUCACAUCUUCCUGUCUGGUGCCUCUGCACCAUAUUCAGAGACGCGUAUAAAAACCCCAAAGAGAAGCGACUUAUCCGAUGAAGAUUUUCUCAAGUGGAUGAGUUCGAUUGGAGGAACUCCUCCUGAGCUGCUGGCGAACCCCGAAGUCCUGAAGCUCUUCCUUCCCGCCCUGAAGGCCGACCUGCACGUUGUGGAGAACUACAGGUGUAACAAGCCCGACAGUCCACUCCUCUCCUGCCCCGUCACAUGUUUUGAUGGAAAGGAUGACAUUCCUCAUGACUUACAAGCUUGGAAAAGCAUCACGUCGGGUGAUUUCACUGUCAGGAUGCUCGAUGGAUCUCAUUUUUACCUGAAGGACUCUGGGAAUGAAAAAAUUAUAUUAGAUUACGUCACAAAGCACCUGGAAACAUCAGAAAUGGACUAUUUAUAAUGAAAUAUGUACAGUCACUGUAUUUUGUAUCUAAUUAGUUGUUUUUUUUACUAAUUCAUUGUGAUGGAAACUAAUUCUGUAUAAGUUUCAACAUAUUGUGUGACAAAUUUAAUCAAACAACUUAAAGAGUCAGUCUGUCACUAUUAGGGCUGCAAUUUGUUGAUAAUUGAUUAAUCUGAUUAGUUUUAAAGUAAGUUUUCAGAAUAGAAAAUGGACAAAAGAUGGUGAAAAACAUCACGUUAAUCAGUUUGAUGUAAAGACUUUGCUAAAAGGCUAAUUCACAUCUGCAGCCCAGUUUAAAAUAACUAACUAAAAUCUGACACCUUUACCGUGGGGGCUGGACGUAGAGGUGCUGAGGGGAAACAAUUAGUUCAUAAAAACGUUUAAACUUAUAAAA